AUGUUGAGUCGCUUAAGCCUUUCAUCUGGUGGUCGUCAUGUUACCAAGACUCCUAGUCGUCUUUUAAAGCAUCAGGAAUUCCAUGGGUCAGCAGCAUCCUUUGCAAAGAAGCAUCCCAAGCAAAUUAAGAAAGAGAACCUCGCCAAACGUGCAGCCAAAGUAGCCGAAUUCGAACGCACAAAGCCCUCCUUCAUUGUAUCAAAGCCUGCACCCUUCUUCAACACUUUACAUACACCCGCUAGUGCCUAUGCUGAACAAAGCACUGGAUUCCAACAUUUCCUGUCAAAGGAAGAUCAACAAUUCUUGUUCGAGGAAACCCCCAGAAAGGUUGUAGAAUCUAGUCAUAUGGCUGCUGUCGAUGGUAUGGAGGAAGCACUAAAGGCAGAGCAUCAAAAAGUAGAGGCAUUGCAAAAGAUUGUCAGCCUUCAGAACGGCAAUGCCAAGAGUGUUCAAAUCUGGAAUGUUCAUCAAGCCAUUGACUGGUUUAAGCAAAAGGAAGGAGAUACAGGCAGCCCUGAAGUGCAAGCUGCUGUGUUAACCGUCCGUAUCCACAACUUGAACUCUCAUUUGAAUCAACAUCGUAAAGACAAGCACAACUACAAGCAAUUACGCAACAUGGUCCAUCAACGUGCAAAGCUUUUGAAAUACCUCAAAUCAAAAGAUGCUGAUAGAUACUACAAGUGCUUGGAUGGUUUAGGAUUAGAACCAAGAGCUGUUGAAGGCGAGAUUACAUUGUAA